UGUUUUCAUUUAUUUUUUUUAGUGCGUACAAAGUCUCUCAACAAAGAAAGAAACAUCAUCCAAUUACAAACUUGUUGUUUUUUCCUAAGAAAAAGAAAAAGCAUAUUUUUUGCUGAAUUCCCAGAAUCUACUCUUUCUCUCUCUAACACAACAAAACAAGUCUCUCUCUCUCCUCACUCAUAUAUACAGACCCAAAAAAAUCCUUUCUUUGUGGCUACAAACACUUCUUGAGGAUUUCCUCUCUUUCAAAAAACCCUCUUCUUCUAUCUACCCUUUUCCCUAUCUGGGCUUUCUUCUUUCUGUCAGCAUGCGUUAACCCAUUUGUUCCAAUACCACAAAGAUCGCCAUGGAACUGUAAAUUAACAAUUUUUUUGCUAUUACUGUAUACCCUUUUGUGUACAUUCAAUUAUGAAUAACUCUUCGACUGUAGUUCAAGAGUCCAGUCAAGUUUAUGACUUGGUAUCUCAUUUGGGUCGAUUUUCCUUUGGUUCUGAUGGGCACUCUUCAUUUUUAUCUAAUUUCAUGUAUUUUGAUGUGUUUGGGGAUUCUUCUUCUGUAAAUGGGAAAAGACCUAAAUUUGGUGCUUCAUUGGGUUUGAGUAGUAGAAGUAGUUAUAGUAUUAGGAAAGCUAUUAUUCAGUUUAACAGAGCUAUUAGGUUUCAUUGUGAGAGAAUUCCAAUUGGGUUUGCUUCUGUUAGGAUUAAUCCUGGGGUUGGAAAUGUUGGUGGCAAUAAUAAUAAUAAUGGGAUGAUUGAAGAGGGUUGUAGUGUUUUGGAAGAUGAUGGUUUGGGUUUGAAUAGUGUUGAGCCUUUAAAACCAAAGAAAGUUCUUAUUUUGAUGAGUGAUACUGGUGGUGGUCAUAGAGCUUCAGCAGAAGCUAUAAAGGCAGCUUUUUAUGAAGAAUAUGGUGAUGAAUAUCAGGUGUUUGUUACUGAUUUGUGGUCUGAUCAUACUCCUUGGCCGUUUAAUCAACUUCCAAGGAGCUAUAAUUUCUUGGUGAAACAUGGUUCAUUAUGGAAGAUGACAUAUUAUGCUUCUGCUCCUAGACUUAUUCAUCAGUCUAAUUUUGCUGCAACUUCAACAUUUAUAGCUCGGGAAGUUGCUAAAGGAUUGAUGAAGUACCAACCAGAUAUUAUUAUCAGUGUACAUCCUCUAAUGCAGCAUGUACCACUUCGUAUUUUGAGGUCAAAGGGUUUACUCGAUAAGAUCGUUUUUACUACAGUAAUCACGGAUCUUAGCACUUGCCAUCCUACAUGGUUUCAUAAGCUUGUUACGAGAUGUUAUUGCCCAACGAAUGAGGUAGCGAAGAGGGCACUGAAAGCUGGACUCAAGAAUACCCAAAUCAAGAUUUAUGGCCUUCCUGUACGACCUUCGUUUGUCAAGCCUGUUCGGCCAAAGUUUGAACUAAAAAGGGAUUUGGGUAUGGAUGAAGACCUUCCAGCUGUGUUGUUAAUGGGAGGAGGUGAAGGAAUGGGCCCUAUUGAAGCUACUGCAAAAGCACUUGGGAAGUCAUUAUACGAUGAGGUUCUCGGGGAGCCAAUUGGUCAGGUUCUUGUGAUAUGCGGUCACAACAAAAAACUCGCAAACAAACUUCGUUCAAUCGAAUGGAAAAUUCCUGUUGAGGUGAAGGGGUUUGUUACUAAGAUGGAAGAAUGCAUGGGAGCUUGUGAUUGCAUUAUUACCAAGGCGGGUCCAGGGACAAUUGCUGAAGCCAUGAUACGCGGAGUGCCUAUCAUUUUGAACGAUUACAUCGCUGGGCAGGAAGCUGGAAAUGUGCCUUAUGUGGUUGAAAAUGGUUUCGGGAAGUACUCUAAAUCUCCUAAAGAAAUAGCGAAAAUCGUUGCUGAAUGGUUUGGACCGAAAGCUGAUGAACUUAAGGUAAUGUCAGAAAAUGCACUAAAGCUGGCAAAACCCGAUGCUGUAUUUAAGAUAGUUCACGAUCUUCACGAGCUUGUUAGACAACGAAACCUUGUAGCGCAGUAUUCGUGUACAGCUUAAACUUAAUUUUUAGCUCGGAAUCCAUCAAAAUCAAUUUUGCAAUGGAUGAUGAUGAUGAUGCAUACACCGCGAAAUAGGUUUCGGUGUUUUUAUUAUGAGCAAUUUUCAAUCUAUAAACUUGGUUUCCUUUGUUUCUACUUUCUUGUAACACACGUAAGUUAGGUUGUUAUAUUCAGUUCAGUUCAGUUAAUAAUUUAUGCAAGAAAAAUGCCUUUGAUUUGGUUUACUAUGGUAAACAUGCAAAGGUUAAAUGUCUGCCCCCACUUGAUAACAUUAUCUUCCUUUAAUUUAAAAAUGAAUAAUAUUUGAUAUUCUAAUUUUAUGACCA